AAUAUAAAAACGCUUGAGCUCAAUGUCUGCUUUGAGCUUUUCAGAUUGAGAAAAAGGAUGUACUUAGUCUGUACUUGAUUCUUCUUUCUCUGCCGUUACCCUCUUCCUUCAACCUGCAGCAAACGAUUGCUUCUUUUAGUUUUGGUUUUGAAUCUCAAUCAAAGCCUUAAUCAUGGUUCUUCUACAACCAGACCCGUUUCUUAAUGAACUGAAAAGCAUGUUUGAGCGCAGCACUGAGACAGGUUCUGUUUGGGUUACUCUAAAACGAUCAUCCUUGAAAUCUAAGGUUCAAAGGAACAAAAUGAAGACUGCUGGACAAACCAUUGAAUACCGAUGUCUUAUUCGUGCAACCGAUGGCAAAAAGACAAUUUCUACUUCGGUUGGAGCUAAGGAUCACCAGCGCUUCCAAGCUUCUUACGCCACCAUUCUUAAGGCUCACAUGACUGCAUUGAAGAAGAGGGAGAGGAAGGACAGGAAAAAGGCUGCUGAGGAUAAGAAAGACAGUGGUUCAAAGAAGCCAAAAAGGGUGUGAAAGGUUUUUACCAGUGGUUCUAUGCAAACUCAAACUUUCCAUUGCCUUCUUCGAGCUUUCAUCCUCACCUAGAAAAUGCUAGGUUCUUUUUUUUCUUUGGAAAUCGAAAAGAUUCUCUUAAUUUUAAGCUAUUACAGUGAUUAAAGACAUGGGUUUUUGUUUGGAUGCCCCUUAGGUGUGAUUUCAAUGGAUGAUUUAUUUUUUUUGGAUCAAGCUGAUAAUGAUAUGAAAGGAUUUGGCAGAGA